GAAAUGACGACGCGUAUCCUCUCGUUGCUCGUGUUGUGCACCAUCAUCUGCCAGAUCUGUCUCGCGAAACCAGCCCAAGUGUUACAGAGCCAGGAGUCGUUGAGCCCUGUAAAAGAAGCGACGUCCGAAGUUGUUGAUAACAAGAGGGAUCAACGGUCGCCACAGUUUGGAUUCCUCAAUGAAGGAUUCUCGAAUCCGAUACUAUCGCGACCAGGUUAUCCAGAACCUAUAGUUUAUCCAGCACAGGGUAGCGCAUCGGAAUCUUUCGCGGAAUCUUCCGCAGAAUCCAUCAGCACGAAUGGAGGUCUUUCCAUAGAGGAAAGUCAAGCGAAUGCGCAGAGUGCUAGUUUUAAUUUCGGCCCGUACUCUGCGUCUUUCAAUGUUGCUGAAUCUUCCUCGGGAAGCCAAAGCUUUUAACAUGUCCAACAUUACUUCGCCCCUCCCCUCGGCCGCGGAUCGGCUCCAAUCCGUCUAAUCCAAAAUGGCGUCGAUCGUCUAUCCGCACCGUUGUUUACAAACAUUCUACACCGCUAUAGAUAAAUAGAGGCGAGCAGGCUGGCCAAAAAAUGGACGAACCACCCUCCUGGAGAUUUCCUGAGGGCCCCGUGAGUUCCCUUUGUCCGUACGCCAGAUGUUCCCGCGAAUAAAACCGAUAAAAUAUCGCGAUGCGGUCCUCUCGUCGGCGGAGGGACGAGGAAGGCCGGUGUAAGGAAGCGGAGAAAGGAGGGCCGGGGAUUAAACGGCACAAAGGGAGGCGAAGAAAGAGGAAGAGGAGGCCCUGUAACAAGAAAAUAAAAAAAAAAGAAAAGACGCGGACGCUGGAAAUCGGGAUCCGUGCAGGGAGUGCGUGCAAUGACCGGGGCCCGAUUCGUGAACACACACGUGAUCCUCCGCGCUAUCUAUCCGUCUGGAACUUUCUCCGCUGAGAAAGCCUGUUUCUCAUUGAAAAUAAUAAAAAUCCUAAGAAUCGAA